AUGUUCGCGGUUCCGGGUUGGGCAGUUGACUCGACUUCCCUCGUCCAGGAAAAACUCGCUUCAACCAGUGACGCCCAUCUAUCUCCCUCGGUUUCCACUUCAGCCUCCAAAAAGAGAAAGAACGCAUUCCCCGAUCAUCAUGAGGCCUCCAAAGUCUCGGGGACUGAGCUCGAGAAACUAUGGAACCAGCGUGCAGGGGCCAAACCUGCCAGCAAAACGCAGGGGGAACUUCAGAGACAUGGUCACCAAACUGCUGAACGACACAAGGUUGGCGCAGAGACCAUCCCAGUGACAGAUACGAAGCGGCGCGGGAAGAAGAAUAAGGACAAUAUACGCCCGACGGUCAAUGGCCAACAGCAGCCUGUGCAGCCGGGUCGAGUGCAAAAAGCGGAGGAUGACGGCAGAAGGGACGGUGAUGGCGAGGCGGAAGUGUCGUCUUCGAGGUCCAUCCCACGCGAUAGCAUACGCAAAGUUCUUCCGCCUGCACCGCCAAUACCUGCGAGACUGACUCCUCUGCAAGCCAAAAUGCGCAACAAACUCACAUCAGCCCGCUUCCGACACCUGAACGAGACCUUGUAUACCACCACCUCCUCAGCCGCAAUGACUCUCUUCACGAAUUCUCCCGACCUCUUCGCCGAGUACCACGCCGGAUUUUCACAGCAAGUGAAAGACUCGUGGCCUGUCAACCCAGUAGACAGGUACAUUUCCGCGAUCAAAACCAGAGGACAAAUAUCCACGACAGCACAUGAGCCCAAUAGGCAGCAGCCUGGCAAGAGCCUCAAGAUCUCUCUACAGAGCUCCCCACUCCCUCGUCGCAAGACAGGUUCCUGCACAAUCGCCGACCUGGGCUGUGGUGAUGCUCCUCUUGCUCGCGGUUGCCAAUCCGUUAUCAAAGCCCUUAAACUCAAAUUUCACAACUUCGAUCUCCACACUCCUAACACCUUGGUCACCAAAGCAGAUAUCUCCUCAUUGCCGUUGAGAGAUGGUGAGGCGGAUAUUGCGGUAUUCUGCCUCAGCCUCAUGGGCACGAAUUGGAUCAACUUUGUGGAAGAAGCAUGGCGAAUCCUUCGGGGAGAUGGAAGGGGGGAGUGUUGGGUGAGCGAAGUCAAAUCCCGCUUUGGAAGGGCGAAAAGACAACCCGGGCAGAGCGUGGAGAAUAGUGUAGGAAAGAAGCGAAGGAAACAGAACGCCAAGAAGAAAACCGGCGGUGCGGGCGUGGAAGGUAGUGAUGAUGAAGUCCAGGGGGAGCUUUUCGUGGAGGACUCUACGGCUACUGAGGCUACUGGAGAGCAAACGGAUAUAUCUGCCUUUGUCAGUGUCAUGACCCGCCGUGGAUUCCUUUUGCGCGAAGGAAGUGUGGACAAAUCGAACAAGAUGUUCGUCAGCAUGGUGUUCGUCAAAUCCGGUGUGCCGACCGCCGGGAAAUACAAAGGGCUCAAAUGGAAUGGUAGAGAGUAUCAGAAGAUCGAGGACGUCAAGCUAAAGGGACGAGGACGGCCUGGUGCUAGCAGUGUAGCAGCGGCAGAUCACGGAGAGGAUGAUAGUGACAUGACGGUUGAGGAAGAGGCCAAAGUUCUUAAGCCCUGUGUCUACAAAACAAGGUGA